AUUCAUCUCAUCUCAUAUUUCAUUUCCUCUCAGAUAAAUAAAUAAAAUACGCCAUUUGAGUAUCUUUUCUCAACAUCGUGUUCCAUAUUCUAGUGUCUUGAGUGAAUGUCAACUCAUAAUUAACCUAUUAACAAAGUCUUGGCGAGCUGGCCCUCUAGGGAUCAUCAACAUGGGUUAUUACGAAAAUAGUUUCUACGGACUACUCGCCCUAUGUGCGGGCCUUCUUGCAUCUCAGCCUACGAGGCGUAAUGAGCUGAAGAAACUAGCCGACUCACGAAAGCAGGUUUCAAGAGACGACGCACAUCCUGAGGCUGACUGGUACAAAGUCUACGCACUUAUUAUGGGGGCUGAUUGGCUUCAAGGUCCAUACUUGUACUCACUAUAUCGUGAUGAGCAUGGAAUCUCCGAGCGCUUAGUUUCUACCCUCUUUGCCACGGGUUUCUUAUCCGGCGCCAUCAGCGCCUACUUCAUUGGAUCAUUGGCGGAUAAACAUGGCCGGAAGGCUGUCUGCAUGGUCUUUUGUCUCCUUUACGCCAUGUCUUGCUUUUUCACCAUCAUCCCGUCCAUUCCCCUCCUUUUCUUAGGCAGGAUCCUUGGCGGUAUCAGCACAAGUAUCCUAUUCAGUGUCUUCGAUAGUUGGAUGGUGACCAACUUUCGCGAGCGUAAACUUGUCGAAAAUGGAUGCGAUUUGUCCAGAACCUACGCCACCACCAGCAUUGUCAAUAGCCUUUCAGCCAUAAUCAGUGGUCUCGCCAGCGAAUGGCUCGUCAGGGUCUCUGGUACCAAAAAGGCCCCUUUUCUGCUUAGUAUCGGCCUAUUGUGGACGGCUCUCCAGAUCAUCUGGGCCAAUUGGGUCGAAAACUAUGGCACCAAACAAUCGGAGUCUAAGGAUGCUCCGAAGCCACCAAGUCUCUUGUCGACGCUAAAACAGCCAUCGAUCUUAGCUAUUGGCUUUGCGUCUACUAUGUUUGAGGGGUCUAUGUAUCUCUUCGUAUUUUACUGGACACCAACCAUUAAGGCUGUACAAAAAUCCACCGCCGAGCUUCCUUAUGGGUAUAUCUUCUCUAGCUUCAUGGCAUCUUCGAUGGCGGCUGCAUUAAUUUUCAACAUUGUCAUGCAGAAGAGACCAUUCAAAUACUCGCGCCUUCUAGUGGGUAUCCUAUUGGCCUCCAACUUCUGCUUCGUCAAGCUUGCUGGCCCCAAGACGGAGGACGCUACUUUUUGGCUCUUCUGCCUUUUCGAAGCAUGUGUCGGCAUGUACUGGCCUUGUACUGGCUACAUCAAGGGCCGCAUAGUACCAGAUGAUGUCCGCGCAAAAGUUUACAGCAUCUUAAGAAUUCCUUUGAAUAUCUUCGUUGUCGCGUCGCUAUUCAUCGCCGGUGAUAGUCAGCACUAUCUCAGAGUGUUUUCAACCUGCUCAAUGCUAUUGACGGCAUCCUUCGGUAUAGUGUGGAUAGCAAGCCUGAAAGACAACAUGCCCUAAAGGACAAGGGCUGCACAGAAGAUAAUUCAAGUGAUUUACUUCGGGGGCUAUUCAAUUCGCCUUCAACGUUAGGGGCUGAGAGU